UUCAUGCAUAUUCAUAAGCUUUUCCGAGCUGGAAUGUUCCAUUCUGUUGUAGCAUAUUCUUAUUUUCAUAAUUUAUCAAUUACGAAUAAAUACAUGUUUCUUCUCUCUUUUGACCACCGAUUGGUGGAUGAGGAUAUAUUAAUGAGGUCGACCUAGCGUGUAGUGUGCAGAACUCACUCAUACAUUAUCGACAUCGAAUUUAGUGCUUGAAGUCAGGUCCUAUAUCAAGCACGGAGUACUGCGAGCGAGCUCGACUGCAUAUACUCAUUCGUCAAUUUCUAAAAAUAGCCCUGCACUCGCACUAGCUCGCGAGCAUAUAAUGCGCAUGGCUAUCAGGAACACCCCAUAGAUCGCCGAUACGCUCAUACCAGUGACUCAUAUACUAGUCAUCGCUUGAUCUCAGAGAAAAAGAGAGACCACAAUUCGCAGCCGCGGUAGCUAUUCGUCACUAAGGAAGUUCACUUUCGAUAUCUCAUUCAAUUCGCAGUUCAACUGAUACACGAACCCGGGGAUUUUCAGCGCAAGAAGACCCGAGAAUUAAGAGAGAAAAUUCUAAAUCUGUGAUGUACCCAACGAUCAAUAUGCCUGCCGAUGAUGGUAUUCAAGAUCUGUUGACUACUAUGGCGUCUGGUUGUAUGCCCGCUACCAGUGAGGAUUAUACCGCGUCAGAAGACAUCAUGGACAUUUCAAGCUAUGCACCAAGCAUCAGCAGCCAUGUCACCUCGUUACCUAAUGCCAUUCCUACUUCAGUCAUCACCCCAACCACCUCCCUGACUGGUGGCUCCUGGCUUGAACACCCCAACAACAUCCAUGGAGGUAGCUUCGUGCCCCCACCCGUCUCUUCUCAUAACGGUUACCACUCCCCCGCUGUGGUACGGGGAGGGGGUGGUUUAGGGGGGCAACACCCACACCAUCCUCACCAGAGAAUCGUCAGGGAGAGGGGCGAUUUGGAUAUGUACAGAAUGUCACCUUCUACAGGAGGACGCAGAAGGGGAAGAGAUGACGAUGUUAGUAGAAAUUUAUCGCCCGAAGAACGAGACAAGAGACGAGUUCGCCGAGAGAGGAACAAGCUUGCUGCAGCCAAGUGUAGACAGCGACGUGUUGAUCAUACCAACACUUUAAUUAACGAAACGGAGGACUGGGAAGAAAAGAACUCCACUUUGGAACAAGAGAUCUCCAAGCUCCAACAGCAGAAAGAACAACUGGAGUUCAUUCUGGAGGCUCACAAGGCUAUGUGCCGUAAGAACAAGGUCAACAAGGAGACAACUACAACAGCCUCCUGUACCACCGCUACCACCUGCCACGCUAAUACCGUCGCUAGCCUGGACACACCCACCACUGAGGUCGUCACACCCACUCGACUCUUCAACUUCGCUGGCAUGUCUGAGGGUGUCAUGGGUGGCACCAAUCACUCCUCGUCCGGCUCAUCAUCGUCAUCGUGUGGACGGGAAGCCAUGUCAAUCAAAUCAGAAAACAGCAGCAGUGGUAGUGAUAUGUCCAGUCCCGAGUCAGCCCGCCGAACCCUUAUUCAACUCUAAACCGUGUGCUAUUACUAGAACUUGAAUAAAUUUCGGCUUUAUGAAAAUUAAUUCCAUGAAGAGAAAGAAAAGAUACUAAUCGAAAUACGAGUUUAUACGAAUAUUAUGUUAACAGCUCUCAAGCAGUGCGUUCAAAUUUCAAAAUGUAAAAGAAAACGAAAAAUAUCAAGAUUUGUUUCUAUGAAUUUAUUUCAGACUAGAACAAUACAGUUAGUAGAAAAAUGCACAGUAAACGUCAUGGAACAAUGUAGAACAGUUUACAUUCUCUGCAAUUUUUUCAAAUAUAUUUAAUGCUAAAAUGCUUUCGACAUACAUGCCGACAUUAUUGCCGACUGUCAUGUGAUCCAUAUUUCCUUAAAACGUUUGAAAAGGAAACGAGUAGGAAAAACAAAGCUAUUCACUUUCUAAAAUGUAUAUCUUUUGAAGUGGUUUCAAACUUUCAUUCAAUGCUUCCAUUUUUUACUAUUUUGUCUCUUUUACAAUAAAACUAUUGGCUUAAUUGUAUUCAUCUUGAAAAACGAGAAAAAAAAUAUUAAGAGAGUUUUCAUAAUAAGUUAUGAAUCAGGUUUUCUUUUGUAUAACAUUUUUGUAUUCUUAGUUUGUCAUUAUUUCGAAUGAAUGUUUGAUGGAAAAAGAGUAUGGACAAAUAUCGUUUUUUAGAAAAUGGAAUUGUAGAUAUUUAAUGCUGCCUCUUUUUAAAAAUGAUGAUAUAUGUGUUUUCCUCCACGUUACAUUCUUGUCAACGAUAACAAGUAUUUAUAUUCGCGUGCAAUAUAGUAGUAUUAUCUUAUUUACAUGUUAGUUCAUAACCAAACAAAACUUUGGCAAUACAAUCAACAAAGUGAAUGGUUGAGGUAAACAAAAACAAUAACUACACCAAACUCUGUGAUGGAAAUUAGAAUGUGUUUUGUACAGUUCAUGUAGCCUCACUCUGUAGUUCAUAUCUGCGAAGUGAAGAAGCUGAUUUUAUUUUCUUAUCAUAUUACCGAGCAAAGGGAUGUCACUGUCUAUAUUUAGGCGGGAAAACAUGAGUCACAAAUUACUCAUCUUCAAUGCACUGCCUACGCAACCUUAUGGUUCUUUCGUUCCGCAUAGGCCUACAAUCAAAUUUUCAAUGUGAUAAUGACACACUGUUAUUCUAAUUAUUCAAAUGUUGCGUAGUUGGCACAUCUUUCAAAAUGCAACAUUAACUGGUGCAAGAGCUUUCUUUGCGUCCAGUAAAUUUCAAUAUACACGUAGUUCCACAUUGUAGUAUUCACUAGAUACACCAUGUAUCAAUGCAUUAUCUAAUAUGAUAACGAUCAUCAUUUUGUACUCGGGACUUGCCAAGCUAAAGCUUAUUCGCUUAAACAGUUUACUCAAUAACUUUGUGAUUCUAUUAAUUAUUUUGUACAGAUUAUUUUCUUUGCUGUCUAACUUAUUUUCUGGUUAUGUCUUCUAACAUUAGAAAUUAAGAUCGCUUGUAAGUAUUUAUUUUCAGAUAUAUUUAUUUAUUUAUGAGUUCAAAAGAAGAAUACGGAUUAUGAAAGGCUGUUAUUCUAUUAUGUUGUUGUAAGUAUUCUAUAGAAUUGUGCAGAAAGUUGUUUGGAGUAUAAACAUAUUGCAAUAAUUUAAUUCGUUUAAGAUUUUAUGUAUAGUCGUUAUGAUUAUUCUUAAAGCUCAACAUAGUAUUCAAUAAAUCUUUUAUUUUAUUGUGAAAUAUUUCAGUUCAGGUAUCAGAUUUACUUGUUACAUGAUAGAUGUAAACUUGAUUUGUGAUGGGAUGUAAAUAUUGGAAGAAAUGUUGAAUUAAUCGAGGAAACGAGAGAUAACCAGGGAAGAAGUUGAGAAGACUGCUUGUGUGUGAGAUGAGAUAUAAGCACUGCCAUUUUGAAAUGUUUAAUGAUGACUAAACACGCUGUCGGAUUUUUUGUGUGAAAAGAUCUAAGAUUGUAAAUUAAUUUGUCAGUUUAUACAGUCGUUUUGCCUAGAGCGCCUACUCUAAUGCAAGAGAAUUUGAAAAAUAACUGAAAUCGCCUUUUCGGUGUUACCUUUUUUUGUAAACUUUGUAUGCUUCGGUGUUUUCUUUAAGAUCGAAAAAGUCAUAUUGUUCAAAGGAUCUGUCUGUAAUUGUAGUUUGUAUUCCUGUAUAAAGAUCUGUGAAGGUUUAAACGUGUAGUAAUGUACGAAUAUCUGAGUGUUACUGUGUGUAUUUUACGUUUCCUACGAUGGGUUUUUAUAGUGUUAUAAUUUUAGCACGCAAUCUUCCACUUUCAUCCCCUUUUCAUUUAAUUCCUGCAAUUUCUUUUUGUCGACGUAAAUAUCACCAAUAAGGAUUCGUAGUUGAAUAUUUUUUUAUUAGAAGAUCCCAUUUUGAAAAAGAUUGGAUCCAGAUUUACUCUUGAGGAGAAGAUGCAUGUAAAAUUGUCAUUAUCAUUGUCAAUGAUUUGUAAUUGAAAAAAAA